CUUGCAUUGCGAGCGCUUACGCUGGUUCACAACUACCCCCUUCUGCUGCAGUGCUCUAUACGCUUCAACUGCAUAGGGCUUUACUAUGGUUCGCAAACGCGCUACCAAGAAGAAUGGCGGCAAGACCGGCAAGCGCCCAAGCAAGGAUGACGCGCGCGUCGCGAACUGGAACACUGCUGCUGACAUACCCAUGGAGGAUGAGGAUGAGUUCCACAUGUCCCGAGACCAGAUCCUGCUCGAAGGAGAAGACGACGACGACGAUGACCUCGGCGGAGGCGACGAGGUCUUUGGCCUGCAAGGCCUCUCCUCCGACUCCGAAGCGGACGAGGAGGACGACGAUCAGUACGCCGACAUGAACGAAGACGAUGAAGACGCCGAACCAUCCGCCCCCUCCAAAUCCACAAAGAAGUCAAAGAAGGACGCAAAGUCCAAGAGCAAGAAGUCCAGCGCUCCCUCCUCUUCCUCCUCCUCCGAGGCCGACUCCGACUCUGAGGAGGAGACAUGGGGACACGGCAAGAAGGCGUACUAUGCGUCGAACGCCGACGAGAUCGACUCCGAGGACGAGGAGGCGCGCGAGAUGGAGGAGCAGGAGGCGCGGAGGCUGCAGGGCAAGGCCCUUGAGGGCAUGACGGACGCGGACUUUGGGCUGGAGGACGACGCCGUGGCGGGUGACGCGGACGCCGGGGAGAACGAGGAUUUCGGGGUGGUGGAUACCUCUGCCGUGCCGGGGAUACCGCUUGCGACAACCGACCCGACGGCGCUACUCAAGCACUUGGAGAAGACGAAUCCGGAGGCGCUCGCGCUGGCGAGAGACUGGGAGGAUACGGCAUACAGCUUGGCGAAGGCGAAGCAAAAGCUCGAGAAGCCGGAAGGAUUUGGCGAAAGACUAGGCUUGGGCAUGAUGCACCUUUACUAUCAAACGCUUCUCACAUACGCCUCCACCCUCGCCUUCUACAUUCACCUCCGCGCCACUCCCAAGUACGCCGCAAAACCCGACACCCUCCAAUCCCACCCCAUCUUCGCCCGCCUCCUCACACUCAAGCAAGCCCUGGCCACGCUCGAAGAGCUGGACUUUGCGCCGCCAGACUCGGAUGAGGAAGAUGAGCUGGACGAUGGCGAAGAAGACAGCCUCGUCGACGACGAUAGCAUGGACUACGAGGGCGAAGUGCUCAGCGAUAGCGAUGAUGAGGAAAUGCUGAGCGGGGGUGACGAGGAGCCCCGCAGGCGGCGCGUCGACUUCGCCGAGCUCGGCGAGCUUUUGGCGGAGGCGGAGGAAGCGAGCAAGGGCGGGCCGUUCACCCUCGACGUCACCUCGGGCGUGGUCAAGAAGGGCGCCGCGAAGGAGGCGAGGACGAACGGCGCCCCCGACACCGACAAGCCGCCCAAGAAGAAGCGCAAGACCGCCGACGCCAAAUCGCAGCCCGUCUUCGACCUCGUCGAGCCCGAGUUCGAGCCGUCGGCGCCCGCGUCCGCCGGAUCCACCAAAUCCACCAAACCCACCCCCUCCGUCACCUUCGACACCGACGCGCACGGCGAGCCGACCGCGCUGCAGCACGCCGACGCGGCGGACAAGCGCGCGCGGAAGCGCACGCUGCGCUUCUACACCUCGCGCAUCGAGGCGAAGGGCGCGCGGCGCGAGGGCGCGCGGCAGGCGGCGCUGGGCGGCGACGACGACAUCCCGUACCGCGAGCGCCGGAAGGAGAAGGAGACCCGGGAGGCGCGCGAGGCGGCGCGGCGCGCGCUCGGGCAGGGCGGGGAGGAUCUGGAGGCCGGGGAUGCGAUGGACGCGAUGGACGUCGACACCAAUGAUUUCGGCGGCGCGGACGGAGAGGACGCCGCGCAGGCGGAGGACGGCUACUACGACCUCGUCGCGCGCGCGUCCAAGGCGAAGAAGGCCGCCAAGAAGGCCGCGCACGACGCGGAGGCCGCCGCGGAGCGCGAGCUGCUGGCGGGCGCGAUGGACGACGACGCGGCGGGCGGCCCGCGGGCGCCGACGCGCGCGAUCAUGGCGAACAAGGGCCUGACGCCGAAGCGCGCGAAGGCGGUGCGCAACCCGCGCGUGAAGAAGCGCAUGCGGUUCGAGAAGGCGCAGCGCAAGGUCGCGUCGCAGCGCGCGGUGUACAAGGGCGGGCUGGCGGCGACGGGCGGGCGGUACGAGGGCGAGAAGUCGGGUAUCUCGAAGGUGGUGAAGAGUGUGAAGUUGUCGUAGGUAUUUGGGCGAUGUUUGUGAUGUACUACGGGACAAAGGAUGCUCGCUACGUGCUUAUAUACCGUCUGCCCCUUCCCUCCUUGCUUCCGCUGUUACAGUAUUUACAGGCAUACGAGGUGAAAUUGUACGAUGAAUACCUCUAGUGCCGCAUAUCUGUACUUCUUCAAUGUCUGCAUGUAUCGCUGACAGACCG